AUGGAUCCUAAUCAAUUUAAGAUGUUUAUGGAACAUCAAACACAACUGAUGUCUCAAUUAUUGCAAGGCAUCCAAUCAUCCAACGCACGGUCUGUCGCACAAGCCGUGGCCCAUGUUCCGGCUACGUCCCAGCAGCUACCGCAGGUGCCGCUGCCAUCGCCACUCUUGUUGGAAGGCAACAUGGAAGAAAACUUGGACUUCUUCGAAAAGAGCUGGGCCAACUACGUGAGAGCAACGAAAAUGGAAACAUGGCCUGACACCGAUAAUCAACAAAAAGUCAGUUUUCUGUUAUCGGUGAUCGGGGAGCAGGCCAGGAAAAAAUUUUACAAUUUCGAGCUAACGGAAGCUCAACGUGCAACCCCGGACGAAGCGUCGCGUGCCAUUCGGGAUAAAGUAAUUCCAAAACGCAAUGUCAUUCUUGAUCGACUGGAGUUUUUUACUGCAAAUCAGCUCUCUCAUGAGUCCGCCGACGACUUCGCGACUCGCCUGAAGACUCUGGCCCAUAUUGCUAAGCUAGGAGACCUGAAGGAAGAGCUCAUCACUUACAAAAUCGUCACUGCCAACAAAUGGCCGCAGAUUCGUUCCAAGAUGUUGGCCAUAACAGAUAUAACUCUCGACAAAGCUAUCGAUAUGUGUCGAGCGGAAGAAAUCACUACCAAACGCUGUCAAGAGCUUGCUAUGCAGUCAACGGAAACUGAGGUAAAAAAAGUGAGCACAGGUAAAUUUCAGUCAAGGUUAACCCGAUGCAAAUUCUGUGGCGACCAACACGAAUUUACUAAGGGCACCUGCCCGGCCCUUGGUAAAAGGUGCAAUCGUUGUAAAGGAAGAAAUCACUUCGAAAAAGUCUGCAAGGCCAAACGCAAAUCCUACAGAAAGAGCUCCAAACGUAUAAAGGAGAUUAAAGAUGAAAGCAGCGAGUCGGAGGAAUAUACUUCUCACGAUGAUGCUUCAUCAGAAGACAGCGAGGAGGAAUUCGAGAUCGGAAAAAUUUUAGACGACUCUGACCGUGGCGGAAGUGUUUCUGCUGAGUUGGAAUUGAAAUUCAACAAAAAGUGGAACAAAAUCAUGUGCGAACUGGAUACCGGUGCAAACACUAGCCUCGUAGGCCAUAACUAUCUAACGAAGCAGUUGAAGAAGGAAAAUCCAGUACUAUUGCCAUCUAAGUUCCGGCUGCAAAGUUUUGGUGGCAAUCCCAUAAAGGUUCUAGGUCAAGUGAAAGUACCAUGUCGUCGUAAAGGCCGUAGAUUUGGUCUAGUGCUUCAGGUAGUAGAAGGUAAUCACUGCCCUUUGUUGUCAGCGAAGGCUUCGAGAGUGCUAGGAUUCAUACGUUUUUGCAAAACGGUAACGUUCGGCGGACCUAAUCCAGCAUCGUCCUCCACGAAAUUGCAAAACGUUUACCGUGUCAACGCGCAAAAAAUCGUGGAUAAGCACAAAGAUUUGUUCACUGGAUACGGUCGACUCGAAGGCGCAGUAUCAUUGGAGGUUGAUCAUUCAAUUCGCCCGUUGAUUCAACCACCGCGUCGAGUUCCAAUAGCCUUACGCAGUAAGCUAAAACAAGAGCUGGAGAAUCUAGAACGAGAAGGAAUAAUAACCAAGGAGACGACACACACGGACUGGGUAAGCAACAUUCUCAUUGUACAGCGUGCGGACCCAUACAAGCAUAACAUUCGUAUUUGCUUGGAUCCAGUUCCCUUGAACAAAGCCCUGAAAAGACCCAAUCUGCAGUUCGCUACGAUUGAUGAGAUCCUUCCAGAACUAGGCAAGGCAAAAAUAUUUACAACCGUUGAUGCCAAAAAGGGAUUUUGGCAUGUCAUGUUGGACGAAAAAAGCAGCAAACUAACCACGUUCUGGACGCCUUUUGGACGAUAUCGCUGGUUGCGACUGCCCUUUGGCAUAGCCCCUGCACCCGAGUUAUUCCAAAUGAAACUUCAAGAAGUCAUCCAAGAUUUGGAAGGAGUUGAAUGCAUCGCUGAUGACAUACUCGUUUAUGGUACUGGGAAUACAAUAGAUGAAGCUUUCGCCAAUCAUAAUGACAGCCUCGAAAAACUUUUCUGCAGAUUAGCAGAACACAACGUUAAGCUUAACCGAGACAAGCUGAAGCUAUGCCAAACAGUCGGUUCCGACAGCAUGAAGUAA